AUGACAUAACGUACAAUGUUUUUCAAAAUAAAACAGAAGAUAUCUAAAAGUACGGUUAUGUAGCUCAGCACCUGAAUAGACAUGGAAUAACCGAAUAACCUUAAACGUCGACUUUUUAUUAGUUGACGUAAGCACAAUCUCAAAUCUUAUCAAUUGCACAAAUUCAAAUUACUGAUAACAAUGCUCAAUUUAUUAUCAAAGUCGAGUUAUAUAUUCGUGCUUUUCUACUAUGCUGUCAUUCCGCUCGGUUAUUUAACGAAGUGGUGGGUUACGGUUGAAAAAAUGAAGGGUAACAGCACAAUUUUGGUGACUGGGGGUGCCGGCUACGUAGGAUCUCACACAGUAGUGGAACUAUUAAAAAAUAAUUAUACCGUUAUAGCAUUAGAUAAUUUAGUUAACUGCUAUGCUGUUGGAUCUGAAAAACCGGAAGCUUUGAAACGGGUUGAAAAAAUAACAGGGGAAACUGUUACAUUUUACAAUGUAGAUAUCAGAGACAGAGAAGCUUUGGAUAAAAUUUUUAAGGCUCAUAGAAUUGACGCGGUGAUACAUUUUGCUGCUUUAAAGGCAGUCGGCGAAUCAGUUUCCAUCCCUUUAAAAUAUUAUCAAAACAAUAUCGCAGGGUCUGCUACCCUUUUUGAGGUUAUGGCAUGUAAUGGUGUAAAAAAAGUUGUUUUUUCAUCAUCCGCUACUGUAUAUGGUAAUCCCCAAUUCUUGCCUAUCACCGAAAACCAUCCUACUGGACAGGGGUGCACCAAUCCAUAUGGAAAAUCUAAAUAUUUUGUCGAGGAAAUUUUAAAAGACGUCUGUACAUCGGAUCCUGAAUGGAAAGUGAUUCUAUUGAGAUAUUUCAAUCCGGUUGGUGCUCACGAAUCCGGACUUAUUGGAGAAGACCCUUCCGGAAUCCCAAACAACCUUAUGCCGUAUAUUUCUCAGGUAGCAGUAGGUCGCCGAGACAAACUCCAAGUAUUCGGAAACGAUUAUCCUACGCCGGAUGGAACCGGCGUCCGAGAUUAUAUCCACAUAACCGACCUCGCCAUCGGCCAUUUAAAAGCCUUAGAAAGAAUAUUUUCGUCGUGUUUUAAUUCGUGGAAAGCUUACAAUCUCGGUACCGGUCGGGGAUAUUCGGUACUCGAAAUGGUAAAAGCCUUUUCGGAAGCUUCCGAUAAACAGAUUAAUUACGAAAUAGUCAAAAGACGUGAAGGGGAUGUGGCUUCGUGUUACGCCGACGCUACGUUGGCCAAAAUCGAAUUGAAUUGGCAAGCUACUAGGGACGUUAAAGCCAUGUGUAAGGAUACGUGGAAUUGGCAAAAAAAGAAUCCCAAAGGUUUCCAAACUACUUAUUGAAAGACAACACUUCCAGUUAGAUCCAAGUUUCUUUUCGGUACACACUUCCUCGUCAUGCAUAUCAAGUAUUAUCUUCUUAGUGACGUUAUUUAAGGGUCGUCCGAUGAAGACUUAUCGCUUUUUGAACGAAACUGGGAAGAUUCAUGAGUAUUUUGUCAUUUUAUUGGAUUACCGUUGCUCAGACAAGACUUAUUUGGCUUGUUUUGUAUCAAACUAUCACUUCUAUCACUGAUUAAGUCUUAUCUAUUUCGGACUCUUUAUAGUUCUGUCAAAUUUGACACCUUGAUUGUUUCUCAACCCUAAUUCGACUUACAACUGCAAUAAAUUUGUAGUAAGGUUGUUUCUUAUAAUUAUAACGAAAGUUCUUUACAAUAUUUUCCUUGCCAAUAUAUUUAAAGUCUAAACAAACACAUGUCUUUAUUAACAUUUAUAUAAAUAACAAUCUUUCCAGUUAUUUAUUGCAGUUACAUUUUCUUUAGGUAAUAUUUCGUAUCAAAUUCCUUGAGGAACAUAGAAAUCAACAACAAACACUGGAAAACCCAUUUUUUAUAAAAUAUUUGAUGUAUUGUUUCUCUAUAAUGCAGUAACUGGUUGUCGUAUGUCAUUUUAGGUCUCCAGGUAUAUAAAUUAAAGCAUCUAGAGUUUACGGUGGCUGUUUUGUUUCAUUAGGAACCUCGAGAUGCAACUGAAUGCUCUGGAGCAAGUAUAAAUGUCAUUUUAGAUGUCUUAAGCAUCUACUCAGAAGUUCCCAAACGUUUUUUCUUCUUCCUCGUGGACCCCUGGGGGUGCACCUGGUCCAUUUUUGGAAUCACUGAUUUAAAUUGAAGCCUUGAGAGCUUGUGGUGGCCGUUUUGUUUCAAUCGAAAUAUCUGGAUGUACCUGUAUGAACUGCAAUAAGUAUUUAUGUCAUUUUAGGUCUCCAGGUAUAUAAAUUGAAGCCUUGAGAGUUUCCGGUGGCUGUUUUGUUUCAUUAGGAACAUCGAGAUGCAACUGAAUGCUCUGGAACAGGUAAAAAUGUCAUUUUAGGUCUCUAAGCAUCUAAAUCAGAAGUUCCCAAACGUUUUUUCUUCUUCGUGGACCCCUGGGAGUGCACCUGGUCCAUUUUUGGAAUCACUGAUUUAAAUUGAAGCCUUGAGAGCUUAUGGUGGUGAAAGAAAUGAGUGAUAUGGAACAAAUUAUAAUGAUUUUUGUAUUCCUACUUUAUGUAUCGAUUGAUUUCUCUUUGUGUCUUAAAAAUAUGUAACUAAUCACCGUUCGUUUUGCAUAUUUCUUCGUCUAUUAUUAUUUUUUUAAUCACUUUUGCAAUAGAAAUUACUAUAUGAGACUUUAGAAUAUGUUAUCGUUCAAGUUUUAUGAAUUUUUUAUUUUUUCAUACCACAUUAGAGAUGAAAUUUGAUCAUGGGUCUUUUAAACGUUUCCGAAGGUUCUUUCGAGUGAUGUCCAUUCAUAAGCAGUGGAUUUUGCGGGCUAUAAUUACCACUGUUGCAGUCAUUGAACCAGUGCUUUGAAAGUAUUUGAUUAUUUAUAUUAUUUAUUCUUGUAUGUAUAUAAUUAUUAUGCUUUUAACUUAUUACUACUCGGAGGUUUUUCCUAUUUUGUAUACCUACUUCAGAGCGAUUGAAUAAUUAUUUUGAAUCAUUUUGAAGCAUGGAGAAAACUUCGACUAAGGAUCAAUACAAGUGUUGAACACUGUAAAUAAAAUGUCUAGUGAAAUAUAGAUAUUUUUGUAUGAAAAA